GUCAUGAAAUCUUCCAUAACUUGUUUUCUAUACUUAUUGUUUAUUGUAGUUUAUUAUAUUUCUAAAUGUCAUUCCAUAGUUCCUAAAGCUUACAAACAUCAUAAGACAGGAAUUUAUCAUAAUCUUGUUGAAGUGUUGACGUACGAUCAUUCAUACAAAAGCUGUUAUAUUUUAACGGAAGCAUUAAAACGUUUUGAAGAACGUCUCACAUUAAUAAAACAAUAUCCUAAAGUUCCUAUUUGUUUACCAAAUUCUACAAUCGAUACCAUCAAAUUAUCAAUCACUAGGGGAUGUAACGAGUCAAAUGGUGAAUUAUGGCCUUCUGAAUCAAUCAAUGAGACGUAUUCACUCUUUAUUUUCAGUAAGAGAAUAAUCUUAAAAUCCGAAGAAAUCUGGGGAAUAUUACAUGGAUUAGAAACAAUACUUCAGUUAAUUUACAGAAGUCCACUAGAGAGAAACAUGAUUGAAGGUGGUCUAAUUUGGGAUGAACCAUCAUUUCCCCAUAGAGGAUUUUUAAUUGAUACAUCUAGACAUUAUUUAUCAUUGAAAGAGAUUGAGAAAUUCCUUGAUUCAAUGUCAAUGGUGAAAAUGAAUGUACUUCAUUGGCAUAUUGUGGACGAUCAAUCUUUUCCCUAUGUAUCUGAAACGUUUCCGAAACUUUCUUCAAAGGGAGCAUUUCACCCGUAUCUUUUAAUCUAUACACCGAACGAUGUGAAAUAUUUAUUAAAUUAUGCUCGUUUACGAGGGAUAAGAAUAAUGCCGGAAUUUGAUACACCAGGUCAUGCAAAUUCUUGGGGGAAAGGGUAUCCAGAGAUUUUAACUAAAUGUUACAUUAAGGGUGAACCGGAUGGUACUCUGGGCCCAAUCAAUCCAAUCAAUAAUAUCUCUUAUAACUUUGUGUCACAAUUAUACAAAGAAUUAUUUAGUGUAUUUCCUGAUAACUGGUUUCAUUUAGGUGGGGAUGAAGUUGAAUAUAAUUGCUGAUGUGAUAUGGGAAUAUUCCCUACCUCAGUUGAGUGAAACUCGUCAAUAUACAUCAACUUCAUUGAUUAUGAAAAGGCGUUUGACAGUGUACAUAGAAAAACAUCAUGAAAACUUUUUCGGCAUUAUGGAGUUUUUGAGAAAAUUAAUAACAUUAUCCAGAACUCAUACGAUGAAGUACAGUACAAUGUCGUGCAUGGAAGACAACUAACAGAUGCAUUCCAAGUAAGGACCAGAGUCAGACAAGAUUAUCUACUUUCCCCCUACCCCUAUUAACGGGCGGGUGACUGGAUUAUGGAGACCUCGACAUCUGAGGGAAAAUACGGCAUACAACGGACAGCUCAGAGUCAAUUAGACGAUUUAAACUUCACAGAUGACCUAGCACCUCUAUCCCAUACACACCAACAAAUGCAGAUUAGGAAAACUAGUGUAACUAAAGCCUCUCCAACAGUAGGCUUCAACAUACAUAAGAGGAAAGUGCCAAUCUUAACUACCACACAGAGAAUACCAACCCAACCACACUUGAUGAACAAGCUCUGAAAGAUUUGAAUUCUUUCCCGUAUAUGAAAAAGGAGAAUCCGAUGCACAUCGAAAGGUGAAGAUUGGGAAAGUAAGAACAGCGGUUCAACCAAAGUUGUUGAAGGUGUUACUAAAAUACUUCUACUUAUUCACUGAUCUUUUGGUUAAUGCAAAGCUUUUGCUAUAGACAAUAAAUGUAGUUUUAAGUUGAAAGGGAUGUUUAUCGAUCAGAGAAAAUGUAGGUCUUAAUUUCCAACACUUCGAUAAGUUUUCGUCAGAUUUAAAUGUGAUUUGACAUAGUUUUGAGAAUUAUAUGUGCAUUUGUAUACGUCAGUCAACCCAUUCAUUUUUUUUCUUUUAUUGAUUUUAGGGCGAUAAAUCAGUAGUAAUUAAUGUGUGGAAAGACUUAUAUUGGG